AAAUAUCCGAAUUUCUGGAGUAGUUUCUCGAGCCAUGACUGCGAAGAAAGCUGUGUUGCAAUUGAGUAUUCACGAGGAGAAAAUCAGGAAGAAAGCGAUUGUUACCGUUUCUCGAUUUUCAGGGGUUACUUCGAUAACAAUGGAUGACAAAAGUGGGAAAUUGACGGUAGUUGGAGAAGUUGAUGUACCGGUUAUCGUGAUGAAGCUGAGGAAGCUAUGUCACACAGAUAUCGUUUCGGUAGAUGAUGUUAAACCACCUGAGAAAAAGCCUGAACCGGAGAAACCAGCUCCACCUAUACCGGCUGAAUUUAUUACAUAUCCGAUGAACUACGCGUACCAAUAUAAUCCUCAUCAUGCCUAUGCAAAUUCUUACUAUUAUCAACCAUACGGGAAUUGUAGAGUAGUAGAUGAACCAAAUUGUGUGAUUAUGUAAUUUUUUCUAGAGUUAUUUUCGAAUAAUGUUGUCAUUUAAAACUUAAAAUUUUGAUGGAAAAGUGUAAUAUUCCUAGAUACUGUAAUAUACAUUUCUCGUAUGAGCUUAAUCGGAGAAAAUAAAACAAUUUCUGUGUU